AUGGAUGGUGAACUGCAGCAGACACUUGAGGGCCACUCCGAUUAUGUUCGGUCAGUGGCCAUCUCACCAGAUGGUCGAUUGCUGGCAUCUGGGUCUGAUGACAAGACCAUCAAGCUCUGGGAUCCCGCCACAGGUGAGCUGUGGCUGACUCUUAAGGGCCAUUCUGAUUUUAUUCUGUCAAUGGCCUUCUCACCAGAUGGCCAACUGCUUGCAUCUAGCUCAGCGGAUAAGACUAUUAAGCUUUGGGAACCUUCCACGGGUGAACUGCAGCAGACACUUAAGGGCCACUCUGAUUAUGUUCAGUCAGUGGCCUUCUCACCAGAUGGUCAAUUGCUGGCAUCUGGCUCUGAUGACAAGACCAUCAAGCUGUGGGAUUUCAUCACAGUGGCCUUCUCACCAGAUGGUCAACUGCUGGCAUCUGGCUCUGCCGACAAAACUGUUAAACUCUGGGAUCCCGCCGUAGGUGAGGAGUGGCAGACCCAUGAGGGCCAUUCUCAUUGGGUUCAGUCAGUAGCCUUCUCGCCGGACGGUCUACUGCUGGCAUCAGGCUCCCUUGACAUGACCACAAAGCUCUGGGAUCCUAGUACGGGUGAGCAACGGCAGACCCUCGAGGGCCAUACUCGUUGGGUCCGGUCAGUGGCCUUCUCACCAGAUGGUCAACUACUGGCAUCCGGCUCUGAUGAUAAGACCAUAAAGCUUUGGGAUCCUGCCACAGUUAGACAGCAGCAAAACUUCAAAGGCCAUUCUGAUCAUGUUCUGACAGUGGCCUUCUCACCGGACGGCCAACUGCUGGCAUCCGGCUCUGCUGACAAAACUAUCAAGCUCUGGGACCCAACCACAGGUGAACAGCAGCAGACCCUCGAAGGCCAUUCUCAUUAUGUCCAGUCAGUAGCCUUCUCACCAGAUGGCCAACUCCUGGUAUCAACUUCCGAUGACAUGAGCCUCAAGCUCUGGGAGCCUGCUACAGGUGAACUGCGGUGGACCCUCAAGGGCCAUUCUGAUAAUAUUCUAUCAGUGGCCUUCUCACCAAAUGGCCAACUACUGGCAUCUAGCUCUAGAGAUAUGGCUAUCAAGCUCUGGGAUCCUACCACGGGUGAACUGCGGCAGACCCUUAGAGGCCAUAGUCAUUGGGUUCGGUCAGUAGUCUUUUCACCAAAUGGCCAACUGCUGGCAUCUGGCUCUGAUGACAAGACCAUUAAGCUCUGGGAUCCUACCACAGGUGAACUGCAGCAGAAUCUCCAGGGUCAUUCUGAUUGGGUUCUGUCAGUAGCCUUUUCACCAGAUAGUAGACUGCUGGCAUCUGGCUCUGAUGACCAUACCAUCAAGCUCUGGGAUCCUACCACGGGUGAGCUGCGGCAGACUCUCGAAGGCCAUUCCCAUUGGGUUUUAUCAGUGGCCUUUUCACCAGACGGCCAACUGCUGGCAAGCUCUGAUGAUAGGACCAUCAAGCUUUGGGACCCAACUACGGGUGAGCAGCGCCAGACUCUCGAAGGACGUUCCAGUUGGGUCUGGUCAAAUAUCAAUACAAUUAUAUCUGUACUAGAAAGCCAGUGGAUUUGUCUUCAGGGAAAAAAGGUAUUAUGGCUUCCACAAGGCUAUCGCGUCAUUUGCUUUGCAGUAAACAAUGGGACCCUUGCUCUUGGUCAUGCAUCUGGACGAGUCUCCUUUGUCGCAAUAUUUUAA